AUGUCGUCCAGAGACAUUUACGACAAGGCAACAGUCUACAGCCCUGUAGACACUCGCACCAAACCUCCACAAAACAGCAAUACUUCCAAGAAGCCUUCUUCCUCUCACGCCAAAGUUUCUUCCUCCAAUCGGCCAUCCUCUUCCGCUGCCCCGAAAGCAUACACCACACUCGAAAGAGACAACAAAUCGACAAAUAAAGGUUUGUCUCAACAGCACACUUUGCUUCAAAGAGAUGGACAGACUUCUUCUUCCCGUGGACACACUUCAAGCUCUCAUGAUCGUACUCAGCUCAAUAGAGACCAACAAUCAUCAUCAAGCUCAAGACAGCCAAACAUGAUGCACGCAGCAACAAUUGCUCCUCCAGAGGCGAAGAGCAAGUUUAAGUCUCAGCAUGAUGUUAAAAUGGCCUCACAACAAGCCAGAUAUCAGGAGAUGACCUACGAAGAGAAGAAGAAACAGGACGAGUGGGUCCGUAACUUUAUCGUUUAUGCUGGACCAUGCCCAGCUGGGUUCGGCUGGGAGCGAGUCAAGCACGGAUAUGUCUGUAAUGGCGGAAAUCAUUUGUGCACCGAUGACCUUCUGGCUGAAGGUAAAGGCGGCUUUUACAUGGGAACUCUUGACGCUGGAUGGUGGGGUCCAAUCUAUGAUCCAGAACAUCGCUUACGCUUAGAUUAUGCCGACGUCAUAGUAUGGGAGUACGCCAAUAAACACGGAUUAAACCCAACAGUGGCACCCGUAGUCCCACCACCUAACAUACCAGCAACUCAUGAAGUUCACCCAGGAAUUGCAAAAGCACUGGCAGGUCAGGGACGUAUGCCACGAGCUUGCUCAGUUGAGGUCGUCCUUGAGGGUUUCAAGCGUGUAGGUGAAUUUGAGAGACUUAUGGGACUUCUAAAUAAUGCUAGGUCCUCUCAUCAUGUUUCUGGAGCAUCAAGUCACCAUGUGUCAAAUGCCCAUCGGUUAUCCAGUGGACAUCAUUCAUCUAGCGCCCAUCGCUCAUCCAGUGGGUAUCACUCAUCCGGAGUAACACCUCAGCUCAGCACCCUCUAUGGACCAGGAGGUCUACCAAAUCGACUUGCAAUGAGCACCAGCAAUGGUUCUGUAUCCCAAGGAGGUCAACUCCCACUCGGAUAUCUGCCAGCUGCUUAUCGCAAUGAUCCAUCUGGACAGGGACAAUUAAGAUACCGCAGCCAUUAA